AUGGCCCCGCGCAGCGGCGCGGCGCUGCUGCGGGCCGUCCUGUUUGUGGCCGGUCCCGCCUUGGCAGAGGUGGCGAUCACCAGCGCCGGCAUCGAGGUUCCCCUCCUGGAGUCCGCGUCCACCAGGGGCCUCUUCUCCGCCCGGGUGGAGGUCGGCACGCCGCCCCAGGCGCUGGAGUUGUUGGUCCGCUCGGCCAGCGCGGAGCUGUGGGUGCCGCAGGCCAACGGCAGCGCCGCGGCGGGUUUCGAGGAGUCCAAGUCCACCACUCUGAAGCGGCCAGGGGCGCAGCCGAAGUACACGGAGUGGCUCAACUUUUCGGACGCGCUCUCGGUGAGGGGCCACGUUGUCCUGGACAAGGUUCGCCUCGCCAGCACGGCCUGCGAGGCUGUGCCUAUGUUCGUGGGCCUCAACGUGUCGGGCGGCGGCGGGAACGCCUCCGGGCGGGCAGCGCAGGGGAGCCUGGGCCUCGUCCACCCGCGCGGCAUCGGCGAGGAGACGACCGCCAGCAGGGAGCGGGCGGCCACCCUGAGCAUCUUCAGCCGCCCGAAGGAGGAGGAGGAGGUCAAGUUCCCCGAUGGCUUCCUGCAGACGUUCUGGCACCAGCACCCAGAAGUGCCGCGGACCCUCCGCCUGGAGCUCGGCGGCGCCAGCCCGCACCUCGCGCUGGGGGCCGCCCUCCUCGAGGGCCCCCCUGGAGACGAGGCGGCGCGGCGCCUUUCGGACACGUUUACCAGCAGGAGCCCGCUGUGGUACGCGCCCGUGCGCGCCGUUGGGCUCAGCUUCGGGCGGCAGGACAGGGCUCUGCGAUGGAACCAGGACUACAACUCGAACCCCGGCGCCUUCUUGGGCACCCCGGGGCUCCUGGACACCAGCUCCUCGGCGAUCCGGGUGCGCACGACGACGUACGAGAGCAUGCUGCUGGCAUUCCCCGGCGACUGCAAGAAGGACGACGAGGCUGGGGGGACAUCCUGCUCCUGCAGCGAAAGCGACGACCUCGGGGAGACGUUCCCCUACAUCUCCAUCAGCCUGGAGUCCGCGAGCACCACGCGCUUCUUCGGCCUCGACUCCGGCGAUGACGUCAUCGUCUGCAUGCCGCCCGCGUCCUACGUGAGCUACAACGCCAAGUCCAGACGCUGCGAGGUGGCCGUGGCGGACGACGGCGAGCGCAGCGCGUACAGCGAGUCCCUGGUGCUCGGGGCGCCCUUCUUCCGCUCCGUGGCGGUGCUCCUCGACUACGACAGGUCGUUCAUCCGGCUGGGAGCGCCGCUGGAGGCGGGCGCCGCCGUGCGGCCUUCUGGCCGGCGCUUGGCGGAGGAGGCGGGCGGCGCGGCUCAGUGCCCGUGCGCAGACCCCAAGAAUUGGUGGUCCACGGGCCACCGGCUCAGCUGGCGGCGCGUGGCGCUGGUGCUGGCGGUGGCCGCCGCGCUGGCGGCGUACGUCUACGUGGCGCACUCCCCGUCGCAGGCGGCCGUGUUCCUGCGCACCCAAGGCGAGCGGCUCUGCGGCAGCAGCCACCGCCUCGGCGGCGGCGGGGGCGUGCCGGCCCAGAGCAGCAGCCUGGCUGACGCCGCGGGUGGCCGCCCGGACCGGCCUUUCAUAUCGGGAGAUGCCGGACAGGCGAGGGACUGA